AAUUAGUCACUUUAUUUUGAAUAUUACUUCUUUAUAUAUAUGUUGGUGUUUGAUUUAAAUGGAAAUUAAUCUCAACUCUUCAAAAUAUGCGUUAGUAACGCGUCAGGCUGAACUAAUUACAUAUGUGAACUCUGGAAUUCUCUCUUCGUAUUUGGAAUACAAUGUUAGCAACAGUUCUGAGACGCACUUGGUCAAAUGUAUUGCUGAAACUGGAGCAUUAAUAAAGAUUAUCGAAACUAUAGACAGUGAAAAGUGCAUUGUUCAGUUUGUAGAGUUCAAUAAUCAUGUUAACAUACAGCUAUAUGAAUGCAGAGCAUGCGAUUUGGUCAAAGUCGCAGAUGACAUUUGGCCAUAUGUGAUUAGUAUUGUGAGUCCCGAGCGUCGCUUAAGUUUCGUUGAUAAAAAACACAAAUGCCUUUGGGUGCUUAGCUUAAAAGUCAAUGAUAUUUUAAGUGUCCCUGGAGACUUGUCUAAAAAGGAAACUUGCUUUGAUUGCAUUAUACGCUACAUCGGCCCAGUGCAGGAAUUGAAUCCCGUUGGAUACUUUUUUGGAUUGGAAAUUUUGCAACCCAACAUCAGUUCUCCACAAGCCAACGACAUUCCCUUUGUAAGCAAAUAUCUGGAGUGUGAACCCGCUUUAUCGAUAUUUACCACAGCUGAUCGGUUAGCUCCCAUUUCAAACGAAAAAAGUCAAAAAUUAUCUGCCCGAAAGUUGAUCAAUGAUACUUUUGAAAAGGUUUAUACAGCCAUUGUACCAACAGUCUUAAAUGUUCAACGCAAUGAUCCGAAGAUCAAAAAUCCAUCAAAUAAGACCACAUCUAGGCAGGAAGUCAACCGUUUUAAAAGUGAUGAUUGUACAACCAUAAGCAAAACAAACAAUUUUAAUAAUCAAGAGCUCAAAAUAUCUAACACAAGCAAUACUUCACCUUCUGAAAGUAUAAGUCAGGUCAACGAUAAGGAUGCAAAAACUAUUCACAAAAAUCCGCUUCUUGAUAAUAAAGUGCGUUCUUUAAAUAAUUCUACUACAAUGAGUAAUAAUAAAGAUAGAGAGAUUAUCGUUAUUAAUCAGAGCGACAUUGAAGAGUCGACGAAAAAAGAGAAUGUUAUUGUUAUAAACAAUGUGCAGGAAAAGGAAAAUGUGGACUUGGCUGAUUUGUUGGGAAAGAAUUGGCCAAUUAACGCUGGAGGAGCUGCUGUUAUUUUAAAUGGAAAAGCGAGCGAUAACAAAUUGGAAAAAUCUUUUAAUGCUUCCACACACGCUUCUAUUGUUAAAAAGAAAGAAAUUUCUGAAAGAAUUACUUCACCUAUAGAUGGAAAAACCACUGGAAAUAUUGAUCGAAAUUGUAUAAGUUACCAACAAUUAUCUGAAAUACCUGGAACUAAACUUGUCGUUGAAUCUUUGGUUGAGGUAAUCGAUUCUGGAAUAUGCGCAGAUUUAUAUGGUGUCAUUCGCUGGAUUGGCAUUUUUCAUUCAUCAAACAUAAUUGUUGGAAUUGAAGUAGAAGACGAUCCAAAUUUAAGGAAUCUUACGACAUCCGAUGGAACUUAUAAAGGCGUUCGUUUGUUUCAGUGUCGCGAAGGUGGAGCCAUUUUUGUACCUUCUAAUAAAUGUACCAAUGAUCGAAGAUUCCUCGAUGUAGAUGGAAGUCAUUCUGUUAGCAUGAUGUCUAAUGAUACUAAUGCAAUAAAGUUCGGGCACGUUGAUUGUCCUUCAGUUUUAGGCGCUGUCGCACCAUUAACAAUACAUAAUAUAGAGGAACUGGAGGAAAUGUGCGGUAAAUUUAAAGGCAUUCAAGGACACCACAAUUCCUGCUAUUUAGAUGCCACAUUGUUUUCCAUGUUCACUUUCACAAGUGUAUUUGAUUCCAUUUUGUAUAGAAGACCUGGUCCACAGGAUAUUUCGCAUUAUGGUGCUGUUCAAAACGUUUUAAGGGAUGAGAUUGUUAAUCCAUUGCGUAAAAACGUCUUUGUCCGUGCUGAUCGCGUUAUGAAACUACGUAAGUUAUUGGAUCAACUAAGUUCCGUAAGUGGAUUGACCAGCGAGGAAAAGGAUCCGGAGGAGUUUUUAAACAGCUUAUUAUCACAAAUAAUGAGAGUGGAACCGUUCUUAAAACUAAGCUCUGGACAAGAUUCUUAUUUCUAUCAACUGUUUGUGGAAAAAGAUGAGCGACUGACUUUUCCAACAGUUCAACAAUUAUUUGAGCAAAGUUUUCAUUCAUCCGAUAUCAAGUUGAAAGAAGUUCCUUCGUGUCUUAUUAUUCAAAUGCCUCGGUUUGGAAAGAGUUACAAAAUGUAUCCCCGAAUUCUGCCUUCCCAAUGUCUGGACGUAACAGAUAUCAUUGAAGACUCACCUCGUCAAUGUUCCGUUUGUGGAAAACUAGCUGAAUACGAAUGUCGUGAAUGUUUUGGUUGUUUACAGUCGGGUUCCGGUCUGGAGUCGACGGCUUUCUGUCAAAAUUGUCUUAAAACGGUUCACAAGCAUUGUAAAAGAGUUAAUCAUGUAUCGAAAAAGCUAUUUGUACCAAGAGACUUCAAGGUAAUGGCUGAUCAUAUGAUAUUACCUAGAAUUUACAUGGAACUAUUUGCUGUUGUAUGCAUUGAAACAUCACAUUAUGUUGCAUUUGUCAAGGCAGGCUCGGGACCAGAUGCUCCAUGGUGUUUUUUCGAUUCAAUGGCUGAUAGAAAAGGUGAAAAGAACGGAUAUAAUAUACCUGAAAUGAUAUCCGUUUCAGAGUUACCCAAGUGGUUAUCUGACGAAGGCGCUCGAGCUAUUAAUGAAAGAUCGUCAAAGGACAAAGACUUACCUGAACACGCCAAGCGUCUUUUUUGCGACGCGUAUAUGUGUAUGUACCAAAGCACGGAUGUUAUGAUGUAUCACUAAACAUUUUAAGUUUAUAAAUAAAACAUAUAUAUAUAUAUAUAAAACUUAAUAUAAUAAAGGUGUACGAUAAUAAAAAUAUAAUGUUGUUCC